AUGCACAGCACUUGCUCUGAAAUUUGGGGACUGAGUACAUCAAACACGAUAGAUCAGUGGGAUACAACAGGCCUUUACAGCUUCUCUGAACAAACCAGAUCCCUCGAUGGCCGCCUGCAGGUCUCUCACCGCAAAGGGCUCCCACAUGUCAUCUACUGCCGGUUGUGGCGCUGGCCAGACCUUCACAGUCACCAUGAACUCAAAGCAAUUGAAAACUGUGAAUAUGCUUUUAAUCUUAAAAAGGACGAAGUAUGUGUAAACCCUUAUCACUACCAGAGAGUGGAGACACCAGUCUUGCCUCCUGUACUAGUGCCCCGGCACACCGAGAUCCUAACGGAGCUCCCUCCUCUCGAUGACUAUACCCAUUCCAUUCCUGAAAACACUAAUUUUCCAGCUGGAAUUGAGCCACAGAGCAACUACAUCCCAGAAACACCACCUCCAGGAUAUAUCAGUGAAGAUGGAGAAACAAGUGACCAGCAGUUGAACCAAAGCAUGGAUACAGGACCUCCUGCUGUUUCUAGUCCUCUUUCCCCAGUCAAUCAUAGCCUGGAUUUGCAACCAGUUACUUACUCGGAGCCUGCGUUUUGGUGUUCAAUAGCAUAUUAUGAAUUGAAUCAAAGAGUGGGAGAAACCUUCCAUGCAUCACAACCUUCCCUGACUGUAGAUGGUUUUACAGAUCCAUCAAAUUCAGAACGAUUUUGUCUAGGUCUGCUUUCCAAUGUCAACAGAAAUGCUACAGUGGAAAUGACAAGAAGACACAUAGGAAGGGGAGUCCGUCUCUAUUACAUCGGGGGAGAAGUUUUUGCCGAGUGCCUCAGCGAUAGCGCCAUUUUUGUUCAGAGCCCCAACUGUAAUCAAAGAUACGGCUGGCAUCCUGCAACGGUGUGCAAAAUUCCACCAGGAUGCAAUCUAAAAAUCUUUAAUAACCAAGAAUUUGCUGCUCUUCUGGCUCAAUCUGUGAAUCAGGGUUUUGAAGCAGUUUAUCAGCUUACUAGAAUGUGUACUAUAAGAAUGAGUUUUGUUAAAGGAUGGGGAGCUGAAUACAGACGACAGACAGUAACAAGCACUCCUUGCUGGAUUGAGCUUCAUCUGAAUGGACCUCUACAAUGGUUGGACAAAGUAUUGACUCAAAUGGGCUCCCCUUCAGUACGCUGCUCCAGCAUGUCCUAAAACAACUCCUUCCCUUUACCACUGGGCUUAAAAAUCAAGUCCAAUCAACAGACUUAAUAUAACAGCUCGUCUGUCAUAGUAUUUGUGUGUGGUCCCCAUGAACUGUUUACUAUCCAAAAAGGUUUCUACAAAAAAAAAAGGAAAAAAGAAAAGAAAAGAAAAACAGCACUUGAGGUCUCAUCAGUUAAAGCACCUUGUGGAUUCUGUUUCCUAUACUCUGAUACUAGAUGAAAAUGUAGUGUAUAGAAAUGCCUUCUUCAGAAAGAAGAAGGGGACAGUUCUAAAGAUUCUUAAUGGUGUUUUUAUUGGGUAUAUAAUUGAGUGUCCUAAUGGUUUAUCAAUAACAUGAAUAGCUAAGUAUAUGUACAGGUAAUGUAUCAUGAUCUCAAAUAUCACAGUAUUGUGCUGUUCUACAUUUUAGUUCCCAUAAAUAGUUGUUUGUUGGUUUUUUUUUUAUUAGGGCAAACCUCAUAAAAUUCCAAGAUUCUUCUCCUUUAUUCUUUUAUAUUUUUUUAUAUAAGCAGGUUUUUGAGUUGUCCUCAA